AUGUCACUUUCACCAAGGACAUGGUUGGUGCCAGUCCUCAUCGCUUUGCUGGGUUGGCUCCUUAUCUCUCGAGAGAACGACGAUCCCGGAGAAUUCAUUCUGGCUAAUAACAGAAGCUCCCUUCUCUUGACCACUACUCCGCAGCGACUACUAGACAUCGAUGACGCUCUUGUAUCAGAGUCCAACCCGGCGCGUACAGAUGGCACCUUUGAUCAUGAGCGCUGUGCAAGACUGCACAACUAUCUCGUCGCGUUUGGAUGGAUGGCCCACCACGAACGGGGAGUGGAAGAUCUUCACGAAUUGUUGAGCCAGCCUUCCUUUUUUGAAUUGGAGCGCUACGAGGGACAAGUCCCCAUGAACCGUCUCAAUCCUGGAUUGAUAUAUUUCCUGCAAUCUAUUAUUCUACCGACUCCUGGAGGAGGAUUGUUUUACUGGGUGUCCGACGUGGUUAUACACCCAGCAGACGAGUACUUCUACCCGUUUGAAGACAACAACUCAGCCAAGAAAGAGCAUUUCGUUAUUUUGCAUAUCUCCUGGUCCGAAAUCGGCUCGCAUAACAUUGGCCUUGUAAUUGAUCAAAAGCGAAAUCAAGUAGCGAUGCCCAUCGCGAUCGAGAAUCUUGAAAGCAUCGCCCCCAUCCACGAGCAUCUAGACAUGUGGUUCCCCCUCGAAACGAUGCUGACCAACUGGAUACACAUGCUUCGCAUUGGCAAGGUCACUGCCAGUUCGCCAGAGAAGGAAUAUCCACCGUCCAAUGCACGGCUUGGAUCGUGGGUAUGGCAAUCCUACAGUCCUGCUCAAGUCGACAGCGCCGUGGAGGCCAUGGAUCGACUCUCCGCUGCAAUUGAGGCCAGGAUGCCUCCCGGGUCACAUCUCUCGGUCUCCCGAGAACUCCCUCUUCUGACGGAUGCAGAGUUGGAUGCAGCAUCCAUUCCAGAGAAUUGUUUCAUUCGCUCGCUUCUGACCAGGGUGAAAAUGCCUCGCUUCAAAUUCAUUGCACCGGGUUUGGAAGUACCGCACGAUGCAGCGGCGUUUGUAGCGCGCCAGAAGUUCACUGGUCUUCCUCGUGACCCUGAAUCAGGCACGGUCGUACCCCCGGUGUUGAUCUUCGCGAGCGGCAAACGCACGAUCAACUUCAAUAAAGAGAUAAGAUGGUUAUUCUUUACCGCUCACGACCCAGUUCCCUAUACCGAUCGUGAUCGCGUUCCUGUGGGGCUAUACUCCGAAUCUUCCUGGCUAGUCGGUUACGAAGUUGCAGAAGAAGGGUUCCGUCUUUUACUGCCUUACAACUUACGCCCAGAUAACUGGGAUAGCCGAGGGGCCAGGAGAAGCGAUGGAAGUUUUGUGUCCCCGGGCUCGGUGUCAGAGCUCUUCCAGCAUGGCUGUUACCGCCCGUUUGGGGGUGAAUGGCGGGCCCAGAGGUUUGAGAGACUGAUGGAUCGGUGGCGGGAAUUGGUGGAGAGUGGUGUUUGGAAAGUUGGGAAGAAUGGUGUGAAGGGAAAUAUUGAUAAAUUUCAGGAUGCAGACUAUGGCGAUUGGAAGGAUUAUUGGAUUCCUCCUGGCUGGUGA